UAGGUAUCUGGCAGGUCCCUCUCUCCCCCGGAUUUGAUGCUGUCUUGGCUGAGGCUGCGAUUAUUGUCUGUACUCGAUGCUACUCCGCUCCUGCCACUGAUGUGUGCUGAUGAUGGUCGUCGGCACGAUUUUCGCGAAGAGGAGGAGAGGAAACGCGAAACUCGCCAGCAUCAGGCGAUAAGACAACGACAAGCUACACACAGCCUAGCCUGGGCCCUGGACUGGACUGGACUCAAAAGUAGCGGCUUGAACGUAACUCGAGCGGCGCGAGUUUUCCUCUCAGCUGAACAGGUAAUCAUGGAUAAGGAAGUGGUGGAGAUCAGUAGCGAGACUACUGCUACUACCGCUACUGCUCCUACAACUCCCACAGCUACUUCUACUAGUAAUACCUCCACAAAUACUAUGGCAAACGAAGAAGUUCUAGAAUGUAAAAAGGAACCUGUUUAUCAGAAUACCCUUCAAGUUGUUCGGGUACCAGUGAAACAUGCCAAUUUAGGAAUAAGGAGUCCAGCUAUGGAUAUGAGCACCAUGGUGGAGUUGACUUCAUUCAGUACCUUAGGCAAGAUUCAACCUUUCCUUGUGACUAUUUCUGCCACUGCUGCUCUUCUCGUUGAUCUGCAUUGUCACCUCACUGACAAAGAAGUUUGUGGAUAUUUGGGAGGUCACUGGGAUAUAAAUGCACACAAUUUAUCAAUACUUGGAGCAUAUCCUUGUCGCUAUGCUGGAAAGGACAAAACUGCAGCUGCAGCUGUGGAGGCUGAGAUCUCUCGCGCCAUGGAGUGGAAGAGGAUGACUCUGGUUGGCUGGUAUCACUCUCACCCCCGUUCUCAUGCUUCCCCAUCACUGAGAGAUGUUGAUGCACAAUUAGAUUAUGAAAUUAAAAUGAAAGGACCCAGUGAUAAUGGUUACACACCCUGUGUAGGAUUAAUUUGCUCUCCAUACAACACAGAUGCUAAUUGUUAUGAGUCAAAUUUCAACGUCUUCUGGUCAAUGCCACCACCUGAAAAUAGACCUCAUGAAUAUCCCAGGCCAAUGCUCCUUAGCUAUACAUUGUCACAGGAGCAGUACAUUUCACAAGAUGCUCUAGAAGAAAUUAAAAAAUGCAUAGAGUACUACAAAUUUGAAGGAGGUAUUGACUUUACCUCGAAAUUGCAUGGUAACACGACUUACUUAGAAAGACUCAAGAAUUCCCUGGCGUCAAAGCUUCCGGGUCGAAACAAUCGAACAAACAGUUCCUAUUGGGACCUGAUCAAAGAGAUGAUCGCUCCGGGCUACGACGACGGCUCAGAAUCUCCCUUCGCCAACAUGAAGUUCCCUCUGAUGAACGAUCCGAUCGCCCAAGCCACCGGAAUAACUCCAGCAGCCAACGUCUUCCUGACCCCAGUGGGCUUUAAACCAGAAAACUCCAUCUCCGCCGUGCAAAAGGCCUACGCGAUGCAACAGCGCUCGGAGAGCACCUCCGAGAGCAACAAUCACAAGGACUCGAGCCCAUCGAAACACUCGCCUCAUAUUAUCACUACUCCAGACGGUAUUCCCACGUUCCGGACGGGUGAGCUGACGGUUUCUGUGAAGAACGCGAAAAAUUCUAAGAGCGAGUACGAUCACGGGCCGACCGACCUUGCCAAGAUGGACUUCAAGGAUCGACUCGACUGGAUGGAACUUGCGAGACUCAACGAGUUGCAAGACCUCUCCAAGGUCCCUAACUACAUAUCCGAAGAAUUCGCCAAACUGACUGGUGUUUCAUUCUCAGAACUCGCCAAACCCAUGUCCUCCUCGGCUUACAGCCGUACCAUCGCCAGUAUGCUGGCCAAUAUUCCUCCGGGUAAAAACCUCCCGUCCGAACAGUCCGAGAGCAACGACAGGAGAUCUGGAGACUUCCCGGACAUCUCAAUUCCGUUCAAGCCUCCAACUUCCUCGUCACCUGCGCCCAAAGCAGAGUCGAAUCGAUCAAACACGAGUGCAGAAGAUUAUUCGACGACGAGCGAGAAGAAGAAGCCGCCACCGGCUGAGCCAAUGGACACUUCAGGAAGCUUCUCCGGAACAGAGGAUCUGUCUAUGUCUAGUUCGAAACCCGAUUUCGGGACGACAAUCGACAUGAGCACGAAGAAGCAGCAGCAUUCGAUCGACUCCGGAGACUCUCUGAAUCUUUCCAAGGAUCGUCAAUAGCAGAGCUAAGUGAAUGCCAAAGUCCGAUUUUACCGACCCUUCGAUUUGUAAGGCACGCUGCGUAAUUUUGUGUUAUUCUGAAAAGAGAUUUAAGAUUAUUUUACGAUGUGGAUCAUCACUUUCAAUGUUUUAGAAUUUUAAAACUGAUCUUGCUGAUAGCUGCUUUCCGAGCUAUUUCAAAUUUCAUCAUGAUCAUGUACUUUGGAUUUGCAAUGUAAAAUCGUUGCCAAUAAGAAAACAAAAAAGACAACAACAGUCAUAGGAUUUCAGAAUAGCAGCAGUAAAUUACGCAUAAUAGUUGCGAAAAUCGAAGUCUCGGUAAAAUAGGUAACGGAUACCACUCCAGGAACAUCGAAAUAACGCCUGAAGUGACUUUAAACUUUGACAAUGACACGAACUCUCACGUGUGAACAAUUUUUUAUUCCCGGAUGUGCGAGAUGCGUCGUCGUCGCCUUGAUCUUUUUAUAAAAGACUUCAUCUAUUCAAAGUAUUUUAAGGAAACGGGGUGAGAACAAGCUACAUAGAUUUUUUGGUACUUAAUAUUUAUGUUAAAAAUUGUAACAUAGGUAUCUUCAUUAGCUGAUUUUUUUCUCAACGCAUUUUUAAAAUCUCAUUUUCGAAGUAUUAUUUUUUAUUCCGUUAAGGUAAUCGUAGUAUUAAAGCUUUUUAACUUCAUGAUAUUACAAUUGUGAUAAAAAUCACAGGGAUCUCGUCUUUUCCAUGAAAGGAUAAAUACGUUACUAAUUUUUAUUUUAGCGUUUUUUAUGUGUUGUGCAGCCAGGCUAAUCAAUUUUAGAAAAUGAAUUUUUGUCUAAAAACUAAUUCUGUUACUAUUGCGUGUUUUGUUUAUUUAUGUCAUCUGCCAAUCGUUAUCAAUUGUAGAUACAAAUAUUUAAAAAACUGCUAAAUAUCGAGUGACAAUUAAUGAAAUCGUCCAUUUUAGAACAGUCAACUGAUAUUAUCGUACAUAACAAAUAAUCUUGAAAUUCCAUGCUAGAACUUUUAUUGAUAUUGUGAAACUGCUGUUAUCAGUAGUUGAACCGUGUGUAAAGAGAUUUAAUGGCGAUUAAAACUGUUUAACUCAUCCUAACAGGUUUAGUACUAGUGAUAGUUGUCUCAUAAAUUGUUUUUAAGGCGAUUUAAUUCGUUCAUCACUGAACCUGUUAAUUUACUUAAUUCCGAAUAAGUAGCACAGCUUUUUGAAUACUCUAUAAAAAACAAUUUGUAAAACAAAUACUUAAAUGUGAUUGUACAUACAAGUAGCUCUAUGAUCAAUAUAAUAGUUCUCGUUCAAAACACACUGACAAAUUUUUCUAUUUUAUGGAAAAACAAACCAAUUACUACUAGUGACAUAAAUAAACGAAAAAAAAAAUGUAACUGCUCAGCGGUAAAAUCAACUCAGACUACAAAAUCGUAUUCUUAUGAACAGCGUAAAUCGGUCUGAAAUGCCCGAGGAUCUUUGAACAAGAUUCUAUGUAAUAUGCAAUAAGAAUAAAAAUGACUUUAACAGGUUUAUCGCAAUGAACAAACCGACUGUGUACUGUAUUAUGUAUAAUAAACAUUUAAAAAAGAA